AUGAAGAGCUUUGCCAUUUUUGUGGCAUGCUGUUUUUUCGCUUCAGUGCGACUGGCAGAAGCAUCAAAAUGCGGACGUCCAGUAAUCACACCGAUCUCGACCGCGGGUAAAGUUCGCCGUCGCCGCAAGGUUCCCUCUGUGGGCGACAAGGGUGACGAGGGCGACGUGUCAGUCAAAAUCAUCGGAGGGAUAGAGGCAUUACCUAACAGUUGGCCGUGGAUGGCAGCCAUUACGGAUUCCUCAGAUUACCAAUACUGUGGAGGAUCCCUCAUCUCGGAUCAGUGGGUUCUGACAGCGGCCCACUGUGUGGCACGCAAUGUGUUCGUGCGAUUGGGAGAUCAUAGUCUCUCGACUGAUGAAAAACCUAACUAUGCUAUUCAAGUCGGUGCCCAGGCUAUCUUCACCCACCGACGGUAUAAAAGGAGGCAGUUGGUCAAUGACGUGGCCUUAAUUAAGCUGAAGAAUCCUGUGACCUUCACUGACCAGAUAAGUCCUGUGUGUCUGCCCACAGUGAACGAGGAGUUGGCAGAUGGUCACUAUUGCGAGACCACCGGAUGGGGAUGGACAGGAGGUAAGAAGGGAGGGUGGUCACUAUUGCGAGACCACCGGAUGGAGAUGGACAGGAGGUAA